GAGGUUUGCCGGCAGGCCCGUGUUACGUCGGACGCCAUCUUGCGAAUAGGCGGUUACGGUGGGGCAAGAGAAAAAUAUAACCGCAGGCACCGUGGAGCCGUGUAUCUGCACGGUUAAAAAAAAAAGAAAAAAACGAAGGAGGAGAAAAAAAAGAGAGGUUAAAAGAAAGUCGUAAUCAAACAAACCAAGAAACAGUCACUGAUUUAUAUAAUACUAAUAAUAAUUUUUUCACGAAACCUGGUGAUCACUGUUCACUCCCAACAAUUGCCCCAAAUGAACAAGUGAAUGAGGAAUUAAACAGUGAAGUGAAAAGUAAUGGAAAAGAAGGAUUAAUCAUUGUGCAAUUAUACAUUCGAUGAUCAGUGAAUUUGCUUUCCUCUGGUUGUUGGUAAAAUUGUGAAAAUUGGGAGGAAAACUUGUGGAACAGUCUCAAAAACAGAAACAGAAAUAAAUCAAAACAGAUAAUUGUCUGAAUGGAUGGAACAGGGCAGUACCGGGCAGUAGGCUCGAGCGCGUACGCGUCGUGAAAUAAGCCCCCGGUUGCGCUCCCUGCUUUUUAAAGCCCCCUUGAACCAUUUAAAUCACCACAGUAUCCCUCAACAAAACUCCAAAAUUGUCUCCCCCCCAGUGAUUGUCGAACAAAAUCCUACAGACGUCAAGUUCGCAACAAGAAGAAUAAAAAAACUCAGGGAGUUUAAUCUUUCAUGCUGAAAAAGUGGUGACACACACUCGAAGCAUAAGUGUGAGAAGUGCAAAAACCAAGUGGUGAAUGAAAAUUGAUGUUUAAAUUAUUGACAAAAACUGUUGUUAAUCAUUGCCUUGUGGCCCUCAGUAUUUCACCUGUUGUCCAGUGUACCAGAGAAAGAUGAUUGCAUAUGGGCGUUCUGAAUGUGCCGUACCCGUUGGUAUCGUCAAGGUGGUGGUAGCAGACCAGUCAGGAUUACAGUCUCGUGUAAACCUGUGAAAUAACAACUAAAACAACAGGGAAAAGAGGACAAAUUGAUUGAUUAAUAACGAGGGUGAGAAUAUAUCGAGAAAAAAUCUAAAUAAAAUUUGUUUACUCAAGUGCCGAGUGAAAAGUGAAUUUUUUUAGUGCAUUGAGAAGAUAAAUAUUUGUGACGUGAGAAGGAGGAAAAUAGAGGUGAUACGUGGUCAGUUAAAGUGGCUGUAAAAACGUCUGAGACGUUAGGCUUAAUUCGAAUCCAAAAAUUCAUCGUGGCAUCAAGAUAAUAUAGGUCGUAAAGAGGCAGCCGAGAGCAGGCAGUUGCCGCCUCCUGCCCUGGAUAUUGAAGAGCCUCGGCAUUAUAAUAAAUAACAAUUAUACAAUUUUUCUAUAAAUUAAAUUUGACGGUUAAAGUGCUCCCCAAUUUCUCCCUCCUCCCUCCGAGGAUUCUGCUUAAACUAAAUCAUGGCGUGCUGCUUGUCGGAAGAGGCUAAGGAACAGAAGCGUAUUAAUCAGGAGAUAGAGCGGCAACUUCGGAGGGACAAGCGAGAUGCCAGACGGGAGCUUAAACUACUGCUUCUGGGUACUGGUGAGUCGGGAAAAUCUACAUUUAUUAAACAGAUGAGAAUUAUCCACGGCUCUGGAUAUUCGGACGAAGACAAGAAGGGAUUUAUCAAGCUCGUUUACCAAAAUAUAUUCAUGGCGAUGCAGUCUAUGAUACGGGCGAUGGAGCUUUUGAAAAUUCAAUAUGGAGAUUCCUCGAAUGCAGAAAAAGCGGAAUUGGUGAGGAGUAUAGACUUCGAAACGGUAACAACGUUUGAAAGUCCAUACGUAGAAGCCAUUAAGGAUUUGUGGGCAGAUGCUGGUAUUCAAGAGUGUUACGAUCGUCGACGAGAAUACCAACUAACGGAUUCAGCCAAAUACUACCUUAUGGAGAUAGAUCGAGUGGCAGCACCAAACUACCUCCCCACAGAACAAGACAUUCUUCGCGUGAGAGUUCCCACAACUGGUAUAAUUGAAUAUCCAUUUGACUUGGAAGAAAUACGGUUUAGUUAUAUUAGCGACCUAGACCGUAUCGAAAAACCAGAUUAUCUUCCUACUGAGCAAGACAUUCUUCGGGCUCGAGCUCCCACAACAGGAAUUAUUGAAUACCCCUUCGAUCUGGACUCCAUCAUAUUUAGGAUGGUGGACGUCGGCGGACAGAGAUCUGAGAGAAGAAAAUGGAUUCAUUGUUUCGAAAAUGUCACUUCCAUCAUAUUUUUAGUAGCUUUAAGUGAAUAUGAUCAAAUUUUAUUCGAAUCAGAGAAUGAAAACCGAAUGGAAGAAAGUAAGGCGCUAUUCAAAACGAUCAUAACAUAUCCAUGGUUUCAGCACUCCUCCGUUAUUCUGUUUUUAAAUAAGAAGGAUUUGCUGGAGGAGAAGAUCAUGUACUCUCAUCUCGUCGAUUAUUUUCCAGAAUAUGACGGCCCACAGAGAGAGGCCACAGCUGCUAGAGAAUUCAUAUUAAGGAUGUUUGUCGACUUGAAUCCCGAUAGCGAGAAAAUUAUUUAUUCUCACUUCACAUGCGCUACAGAUACGGAGAACAUUAGAUUUGUGUUUGCGGCGGUUAAGGACACAAUUCUCCAGUCAAACUUGAAAGAAUACAAUUUGGUGUAGGUUCGGACAUUGUGACAUCCCAUAGUGGAUUCAUCUGUAUUUAAUCAGAGCUCCAGAUGCCACAAAGCUGCGAGCUUUAGCCACGCAAUGAUAACACACAAAAUGAAGGAAUUUAAAAAAAAACGGACUUUGUUGAUCAAACUCGUUUAAUGAGGUAAAAAACCGUAAAGACGGAAACAGAGUUACGAUUAUUGGAGACGAUGAACGCCAUAACAGAGAAAAAGGUAUUGAAACACUAAUGGGUGAAAAUAACGAUGGAAUAAACUGCGAAAUAAAAAUAUUUAAAAAGUAAUUGUAUGAAAAUAACGAUUUGAAAAAAGUACAUGGAAAUAGGCUGAAAAAUGAUCGAAUGACUCGUGGUGCUGCGUCAGUUGCACGAGUGUACCAACAUUUUAGUUAGCUAAAAAAAAUGAAAAUUUCCAGCGAAUGAAAAUUUAAAAAUGGAAAAAAUAAGGACCUAACUCUGAGCGUUAUACGUUCUUUCCUAAAAAAACUUUUCACUGUCGAUACCAACAAACUGAUUUAGUUUCGUACUCUAUUUGUUGAAUUUGUUACCUUUUUAUAGCUUAGCUUAGUCGAUCGAGCCUGGCUGACUGCGACAUCGCCUGAUUUUUAUAUAAACGAUAAAAAAAAAUUGAGAAGUAUCAAUUAAUGGAAAAAAACUAUUAAGCAAACAAAAAAGAAUAGUUCAGAGUAACCUGCGUACUAUGCAUUUGGUCUUGUGGGAUCUCCGUCAAGAGAGGAUUGAUAUAUUAAAAAAUGAGGGUGAAAUGAUGAAAUUAUUAUUGACAAAAAAAAUUGAAGAGUCAAGCAAUGAGUGAGACAAAAUAAAAAAAAUGAAAAUAAGAGGACAAGAAAGCUUUUUACAAAUCACGAUUAAGUCGGUUUAAACACAAGUGAGAGCGAUUCUAGUGCCAUUUACUAGCGUGGUGUUCCUAUUGCAGUCCUUCGUUUAGUUGCAAAAAAAGCCAAAGUGUUUUUUCUUUCUUUCAUUCUUUUCCUUAAUCUUCUGUAUGUUAUUUUCUUUUUUGUUCAAUUUAUAUUUAAAAUGAAAAACAGAAAGAAUGAUUUUUUUUAAGAAGAAUAAAAUUUGUGCAAGAAACAACAAAGUUUUUUCUGCAUGUGACUCAAAUCCAAGAAAUUCAUCGUAUAAAUAUUGUUAUAUAUAAUAUAUAAAUGAAAAAUGAAACAUAGGAAUAGUGGGCCGAGGAUGAAGAGCAGCAUCAACUUGCAUCAAUGGAGAAAAGAAACAAACAAAAAUAUUUAAUAAAUACAAUUGGGAGAUACAACAAGAUGGAAGGAAAAAGGAAUCGAAAAAAAUAAUAUGAUAAAGAAUGAUAAAAUCCACAACUCCUUUAUAUUACGAAAUAAUUAGGAAAGCGACAUCUGUUUGAUGUGAAAACUUUAGGUAAUUUGUAGAUGAAAAAUGACAGACUACAAUGAUUUGUCUCUGUUAUUUUUCACCUUCUUCAAAUGCGACUGUCGUGAAACGAAGUUACGUCGGGAUUUUUUACCACAAUAAUUAAAAACCUAAUACAAAUCAUGAUAAGAGAUUUAUCACAGAUUUUUCACGAUGAGACAUAUUUACUGAUCUCAUUUCAAAUCAUUUUCGCGAUCAUUUUGAAAGUAUGAAGAGAGAAAUCCGUACGUCUGUAAUGAGUCGAUAAAAAUGUACAAUUAUUUAAUCAUUUUGAUAACGAUUAAUUUUUUGGAAAAUCACCAAGAGACAUUUUUUAUAGAUAAUUUUUUCAGUUUUAAUUACAGUCUCUUGGCAUUAUUUCCCAAUAUCCCUCGUUGCUGAAAUGAAUGCAUAAUUAACAAACCUUUCACAAGUUCUUCAUCGAAACAUCGCCAUAUGAUUCUCUUCGUAUUUUCAAAUACUCAUAUAAAGCAUAUUAAACAUAAAAAACAUUCAAGAUCAUGAGUUUCGUUAGAAAAAAUGUUUGAAGUCUAAAAGAAAGUUGAAAACAUCCCAACGUCACUCCAAAAAUGCCCAGAAGUCGCCUGUGUAGCGAGAGACAUGAGCCCAUAAGACUCCUUGAACAAAAAUUAAUGAAAAAACUGAAACAUGGAUUCAGUAAGAAAGAGAUGAAACAAGUAAGUUGACUUCAGUCCCUCAGUUUUCGAUAAAUAUCUCUGUAUCUAUGAGAGAUUGAAAAUUUUUGCAAAAACCUUUUUUGUAGCUCCUAUUCCGCUUUAUGAAGAACGUAUUCAGAGAAAUUUUAGUAUCGUCCUUGGAUUCUGAGAUAUUCACAGAUAACUGACCUCGGGACGAUUUUAUCUCUUCGCUACUGAAAUAAAAUGAACAAAAACAAAUACCAUAGACUGGCUUAUGUCUCUAGCUCCGCUUUGUAUCCACUUUUACAGUGUACGUAUGUAUGAACUGCUCACUGCCUGCGCUCGCUCAUGCUAGCCAGCGCGCUGCCCACUGCAGGUAUUCUCUAUAGUUCGAUAUAUCGAAAGAAAUCAGAAUAAAUAUUUCUCCAAUUUUAUCAAUUCAUUGGUGUUCAUAAGUAAUUCAGUGGAUUGAUAAAAAUAAAUACGUCGAAAUAAAAGAGGAAACGGAGAAAGAUCAAUUUGAAAAAAUAAUGCGUACCUACUAGAGAAUACUCGCACGAUCUAACUAAAAGAGAAAAUAUAAAAAACGGUGUUGGUUAGUUUUCGAAUAAUUUUUUUAAUAUAUUUUUGUUCAUGAAUUACGUGACCGUAAGAGCGCUCACCAACACCGCCACGCACAUCGGGCAGCAUAAUACGUCAUACUUCGGUUUGAAACACUGAGUUUAUAUGAAAGAAACAAGAAAAACAAACAAAUAUAUAUAUAAAUACAUUGGAUGAAGUAUAAUAUUAAGAGAUAACAACAAAAUACUAUUGAAUAAUAAUAAUACUGCUUGGUUUUCAGUGAGAGUGAGAUGAUGAAUAAAAACAAAUGUGUAAAUCUAAUGAGAGAGCAAAAUACAUUCAUUUAGUUCUCCUUUGUUACAAAUAUAUUUCUUUUUUUUUUAUUUCUGCGAUAGGAAAAAUGUGAAACAAACAUAAAUGUGCGAAUGAUCUUAAUUGUUAUUUUUAUUCUUUCCUUUUUGUUUGCUUUCUGGACGAAAGUAAACGUUUGUGCAUUUUUUAAAGCCACUGAGAAAUGUGGAAAAUUUAAUUGUAAUAUUUUUUUGCGAAUGAGAAUUUUUUUGAAAGCUGAGUGGACGAGAUUUUGAAAUGAAAGGAAUAGAAUUGAUGAGUUAUUACGUAUGUGUAUGGAUGUUUGGAUGAAACUUUAACGAUUUAGACGAUUGUGUGGAGGAAUGAGAAGAAUAAAAUAAAAUUAAAUUAAAUGAUGGAAAACAAUAUAAUGCAAUUGCGUUAUAAUGUCUGGGACACGAAUGAAUGAAUAAUUUUCAUGAUAAAAAGAAAUCACUGAGAUAAAAGGAAACAUGACGACAGAUGGAAGAAGAGAAAAAAUAAUACAAAUUUGUGGCUGUAGUUCAUUUGUAAAUCAUUUCUUGUCAAACAUAAAAGAAAAAGAAAAAAAUCAUGAAAAAAAUGAGUAACAAAAAAGCAUACUUUUUUUCUGAGAAA